AUGUCUGAUCAUGAAACCAGAGACUUCUUUUCCUUCAAUAAUCAUGUCGACCAUUUCCUCCUAAACAGCCGGCCGCCUAUUCAUUAUGGCACAAAUAAUUCCUCAUCUGGGCUUUCAUUUCAUACCAACAAUUCUUCACCUGCACCUCACGAACAUGAUCCAUUAUCAUUAUUAGGGUUUCAUGAUCAUGCUCCUAAUAAUUUCACUGACUCGACCCUACAAGCAGGAUCAUCAUUCGCAGACUAUACUUACUCCUCCCUAGCUCUACCAUUUGGGUUUAUCUCCUCUAAUUCUCCCGUUAAUUAUCAUCCAGAGCCAUUUUCAUCAGAUACCCAACUUCAGAUCAAGAAACCGGCCUUAGACUUGUCCGGUGGAAGUAUUAUUAAUGAAACUCCAAACAGCUGUAUGUCGGUUUCUUCCACAUCGAGUGAGACCGCCGGCGCCGGCGGGGAAUUAGAUCAUGAUUCUAGCAAGAGUAAGUUGAAGGAGAUUGAUCAACUCUUACUCAAGGAUUGUUCUAAAAUAUUAGAAGGUGAUCAUAGCUCCAAGAAAAUGGAGGAGAAAGCAAAGAAGAAGGUGGAAAAGAAGGAUAAACAAGCUAGAUUUGCCUUUGCCACAAAGAGCCAAAUUGAUAAUUUAGAAGAUGGAUAUAGAUGGAGAAAGUAUGGCCAGAAAGCAGUCAAGAACAGCCCCUUUCCAAGAAGUUAUUACAAAUGUACCACUCAAAAGUGUCCAGUAAAAAAACGUGUUGAGAGAUCAUUCGAUGACCCAUCUACCGUAAUCACAACUUAUGAAGGGCAACACAACCAUUAUGUUCCUAGCACGAUGAGGGGAAUAGUUGAAGCACGAAUGAUGAUGAUACAAUCGCGGCUCAUUAGCCAAAUUGAAAGAGAUAAUGAGAUAACGGGUUUUUCUCAUGACAAAGAACUACUAUUGGAUGAAGUGCCUAAUUCAUUCUAUUAUAACUCAUCUAAUAUUAGUAUUAGUUCUGGUCUCACUACUGACUAUGGCCUUUUACAAGACAUGGUUCCUUCUACCAUUCUUAAACAUGAACCCCACCCCUAAUUAUCCAUUAAUUGUGAACAAUUUGACUUAGUUAAUAUGUUGUAUUGUAUAAUAUAUU